AUGGCUGAUGGGGAUUACGACUAUCUCAUCAAACUUCUAGCACUUGGAGAUUCUGGGGUUGGAAAAACCAGCUUUCUCUACAGAUACACGGACGGCAAUUUUCACACCAACUUUACUACUACAGUAGGGAUUGACUUCAGAGAAAAAAGAGUGAUAUACGCAGGAACAGAUGCAGACGGAAUUACUGAAAGAAACUUUCGAGUUCACCUUCAGCUUUGGGAUACAGCAGGUCAGGAAAGAUUUCGCAGCCUGACUACUGCAUUUUUUCGAGACGCAAUGGGAUUUUUGUUGAUGUUUGAUUUGACUAAUCAGCAAAGCUUUCUCAAUGUCAGAAACUGGAUGAGUCAGCUUCAGGCCAAUGCAUACUGUGACAGUCCUGACAUAGUGUUAGUGGGAACCAAGGCUGACCUCUGUGACAUGAGAAAUGUUCAUACCAGACAGGCUCGAGAGCUGGCAGACAGAUACAGUGUUCCCUACUUUGAAACAAGUGCGAUGACUGGAACGGAUGUGGAUAAAGCUGUAACCACGCUUUUGGGCUUGGUAAUGAAGAGAAUGGAGCAGAGCUGUGGACAUGCUUCUGAGCCGAAUGGCAGCCCUGCAUCGAGCCACGAGAUGGAAGCUGUAGUCACAAGGAAAUGCUGCUAA